AUGGUGUUAGUAUUCUUGUUUCUCUUACUAAUCGGUACAAAUUUAAUAGUUUCAAAUAAUUCAUCAUCGUUUGAUUUAAUAUUAAAUCUUGAUGGUAUUGAUAAUUAUUUUCGAUUUGUUGAAACAACAAAAUCGAAUAAACAAAAGUAUUAUUUACCAACUGUAAUUAUUCUUGAUGAUGAUCAUACCCCGACAAUAAGAAAUUCAUCACAUUCAUCAUCUAUUGAAACUUAUCAUGUAGAAUCUGAUGAAAAUUUGUAUGGUUUUGCAAGUAUAAUCAACCGCACAUCAUUGAACAACGGUCUUUUAUUUGCUACAGUACAAAUAUCCAAUGGAUCAUUGUAUGAUAUAUCUUCACUUAUGUCUAUUAGACAAACAAAAGCAAAACGAUCAUUCAAUGAUGCUUAUAUUAUUAGAUCUAAGCAAUCAAUUAUUAAGCAAGCAUAUGUUACUAUUGAAUGGAAUAACAAUCGUGAGCGACGUGACAUAGAUGAGGCAGAUAUGGUAAUAAGUAGUUCAGUAAAAGAAGAAGAACGAUUUCCAGCAUCUGAACAAAUGAGUUCAACAACAUUACCAUCAGUUUCUCUACCUCAUACAAUGGAAAAUAUUACAGUGCCUUCAGCUGAAAAUGAUACUCAAUUAUUGAUCAAUGAUACAGUAAAUACAACAGCAGCAACAACACCAAGACCAAUACCUAAAAAAUCUCGUCAUUUAUAUCUCGAAAUAACUGCUCUUAUUGAUAGUCUCAUUAUAAAUGAUCUUCGAUCAAUGUUAAAUAAAACCGAAUUAGAAACAAUUGAAAUACUUAAAUUAUACUAUAUAAAUAUAUUUACAAGUGUUGAACAACUUUAUCAACAAUCAUUAAUUCAUGAAACACUUGAUGUUCAUAUUCAUUUAUCAAAAAUUAUUUUUGCUACAAAUAAACAUCGUCUUCCAUGGGAAUCAUUGAAAAAUUUAUCAUCUCUAACAGAUCCUUAUCGAAAAUCCCCUAAUAAUGUGCAUUUACGACCAAAUAUUAGUACUAGUCUUCUCAAAUCAUUACAUCAAGUUUAUACAUCAAAUAAAUUUGAUGAACGAUUUUUUCGUAAUGGUGCUGAUCAUAUCAUAACAUUUACUCGUUUAGAUCUUAUUGAAGGAGCUGGUUCAGCGUAUGUAUUAGGUACUUGUUUACCUUUAUUUAGAUAUUCCAUUAUUCAAGAAGAUUUAAAUUCAUAUAUUGUGGCAAUAACUGUUGCACAUGAACUUGGUCACAAUCUCGGUUUAGAUCAUGAUGAAAUAGAAAAUAAUUGUAACCAUCCUCGUUUUCGAUAUAUUAUGUCACCAAAAAAUAUGAAUACAGUUGAUCGUCGUCAAGUACCGUAUUUUUCUGAAUGUUCAAUUAAUCAAUUAAAUAAUUUUGUUGAUAAUACAACAACAACAUGUUGGAAAAAUAAAAUAAUUAAUAUACAAAAUGAUACAAAAUUAGCAAAAAUACGCAAUAUUACUUCAUUAAAAUUAGGACAAAUAGUUAAUAUUCGUCAACAAUGUCAAUUGCAAUAUGGACCACAAGCUAUUCCGUUUAUUUCUAUUAUAUAUAACAGUAAAAAUCAAACAUUAUAUGAAGAAAAUAUUUGUAAUCAAUUACAAUGCUUUAAAACUCCAGAGGAUGAAUAUAUGUAUUGGCAAGAUGGAGCAUUUGAUGGAACUUCAUGUGGUGAAAACCGUGUAUGUCAUAAAAAACAAUGUGUAUUAACAAAUCAAACAAUGAAACAAACUGAUUUAGAUAUUUGUCCAUAUGGAGAUUUAUUUGUACCUAUUCACAUGUUAUAUUUAGCAGAUAAAUCUAGAACGGGCAAUAUGCUUUGUCCUGAUGCACUUAAUCUAUUAAGAUCUCGUGGUAUGAACGUGACAUAUCUAUGUUAUGAGUCAACAUUACCGUUUCGACGUUUAUGUUGUGAAGAAUGUAAAAAACAUUUAAUAUCUGAAUGUGGUGAUCAAAAUUCGCAAUGUUCCAUGUUUAGUCAAUAUUGUUCAAUGGCAUUUCUUCGUAUUAAUGGAGAACCUGUUAAGAAAUUAUGUCCGUAUACUUGUGGUCACUGCCCUCAUCUACCGCCACCUUCAACUACUACGACUACUGUAACUACAAUGAUAAUGACAACAGAAGAGAUGUCUUCAACGAAAACAAAAAAAAUAACUCCUGGAAAAAAAAUUCAAACAACAACAUUAAAACCUCGAAAAUAUAUCAAACCUGAAAAUUUCGAUAAAUAUACAUGUAUUGAUUCAGCUGAUUGCUCUCAAUUGAUUAAAGCUUAUUCUAAAUUAAAAAAAAAAGUUAAAAAUUGGUGUACUGAAUAUUCAACUAUGAUUGAAGGUCGAUACUUUGUUGAAAUGUGUCCAAAAUAUUGUUCACUUUGUAAUAUAACAUCUGAAUGUGAUCAAUAUAAAUUAUGUCGAAAUAAUGGUACAUGUAUUAAAGACCAAUAUGGUACAUAUCAAUGUUUAUGUUCAACAUCAAAAUCCUAUUAUGGUACAUUAUGUGAAUAUCGUCACACAUGUUUAAAAAAUUCAUGUUCAUCAAAAAAUGAAUUUUGUAUUCAAACUCAAGGUGAAAGUUAUAUAUGUUUAUCAAAAGAAGAUAAAGAACAAAUGCGUGUCAUUCUAAAUUAA